AUGUUGGGAGACAAGGCUCAAGGUGUCUCACUAAAGGUAAUGGAAUACACGUAUGACGAAGAUUUGGAAGAACUCUGUCCUGUUUGUGGAGACAAGGUCUCUGGAUACCAUUACGGGCUCCUCACCUGUGAGAGUUGUAAGGGUUUCUUCAAGAGGACUGUCCAAAAUAACAAGAGGUACACAUGUUCGGAAAAUCAAGAGUGCAAAAUAGACAAAACGCAACGAAAGAGAUGUCCCUUCUGUCGAUUUCAGAAAUGCCUGAAUGUUGGAAUGAGAUUAGAAGCUGUUCGUGCGGAUCGUAUGCGUGGGGGCAGGAAUAAGUUUGGCCCCAUGUACAAGCGAGAUAGAGCCUUAAAGCAGCAGAAGAAAGCUUUGAUACGUUCCAACGGCUUCAAGCUGGAGUCGGCUCCACCAGCGGCCUCCCCCAUACAGACUAACUAUGGGUUCACAGGCACCCUGCAUGGCCUCUCCACCAUCUCCAAAGGCCUCCUGUCCUCAACUCCAACCUCCAUCAGCCCCACAGACUAUGAGACUAACCUCUACAUACCCCCGUCCCUGGGUGUGGCCAUGCAGACCCAUGGGCCUUUGCCCAACCAGUACCAGUACCCAGCCUACCCCAGCAGGCCCAUCAAGUCCGAGUGCACUGACCACUACACUAGCUCUCCAGAGUCUCUGAUUGGGUACCCCUUCCAGGAUGUCUACCCUUCUGGCCCCCCCCCCAGCGUGCCUCCCCUGGUGAUGGAGCUGCUCCGCUGUGACCCAGACGAACUGGCCGUCCAGAGCAAGAUCGUUGCCCACCUGCAGCAGGAGCAGAGCGGGCGCGGGCGCCAGGAGAAGCCCAGCACCUUCAGCCUGAUGUGUCGCAUGGCAGACCAGACUCUCUUCUCCAUCGUGGAGUGGGCCAGGAGCUGCAUCUUUUUCAAGGAGCUGAAGGUGGGUGACCAGAUGAAACUGCUCCAUAACUGCUGGUCUGAGCUUCUGGUCCUAGAUCACAUCUUCAGACAGGUGCACCAUGGGAAGGAUGACAGCCUGCUGUUGGUCACUGGCCAGGAGAUGGAGCUGUCCAUCAUCCAGUCCCAGGUUGAGAUGACCCUGUCAGGCUUAAUCCAGAGGGGUCAAGAGCUGGCUGGCAGACUACAGGCCCUGCAGGUGGACCGCCGAGAGAUAGCCUGCCUCAAGUUCCUCCUCCUCUUCAACCCCAACGUGAAGCUCCUGGAGAACCAGGCGUUCGUGGAGGGGGUCCAGGAGCAGGUGAACGGAGCGCUGCUUGAGUACACCCUGUGCUCCUACCCUCAGUUCCUGGAUAAGUACGGCGAGCUGGGCCAGCGGCUGCCUGAGCUCCGAGCCCUCAGCACCCAGGCGGAGGACUACCUGUGCUACAUGCACCUGAGCGGGGAGGUGCCCUGCAACAACCUGCUCAUAGAAAUGCUGCACGCCAAGAGGGCCUGUGUGUGA